AAGGCUAUAAUUUCUCGAGAUCAUUUUUAAGAAAUCUGUGCUCUCUUCUUUGUUUUUCACAAUGGCAGACCAACUUUCCGAAGAGCAGAUUGCCGAAUACCGCGAGGCAUUCCAAUUAUUUGAUAAAGAUGGUGAUGGUACCAUUAGUGCCAAGGAACUCGGUGUUGUCCUUCGUUCUUUCGGAAUGAACCCCAGUGACCAAGAGUUGCAGGAUAUGGUUAACGACGUCGAUGCCGAUGGAAAUGGUACCAUUGACUUUCAAGAGUUCUUGGGUUUGGUCAAGAACCUCAAGACUGAUAAUGACGCCGAUGACCUCAAGGAGGCAUUCAAGGUGUUUGAUGCUGAUGGCAAUGGUUUGAUUGAUCGCGAGGAGUUGCGCAGAGUCAUGGCUUCUCUCAACGAGGCUUUGUCCGAGGAAGAACUUGAUGCUAUGAUCAGAGAAGCUGAUGAGAACGGUGAUGGACAGAUUAGCUUUGAGGAGUUCAAGUCCAUGAUGGGUGGCAAGUAAAAAGAGAAAAAAAAAAGAAAGAAAAGAAAAGAAAAGAAAAGAGAAAAUAUAAUAUAAUAUAAUAUAAUAUAAUAUAAUAUAAUAUAAUAUAAUAUAAUAUAAUAUAAUAUAAUAUAAUAUAAUAUAAUAUAUAAUAUAUAAUAUAUAUGAAGAUAAUAAAGUAUAUCUACACAAUUAAACAACAUG